AUGACCAAGGACUCGCCUAGCCCUUCGGGCGGCAGCCGGGUGACAUCCAAGAAGCCAGGUAGCUCGGUCCCGUCAGCGGCAGUGCUGGAGGAGCAGAGGCGGGAGCUGGUGAAGCUGCGAGCCGAGCUGGAGGCCGAGCGGGCACGCGGGCGGGCGGAGAGGCGGCGCUUCUCAGACCAGACGCGCCAGCUGCGGGAGGCCGCCGAGCGGGAGAGACAGCAGUUGGCUGACCAUCUGCGCUCCAAGUGGGAGGCACAGCGCGGUCGGGAUUUGCGGCAGCUGCAGGAAGAUAUGCUGCGGGAGCGCGAGGCCGAAAUCCGGCAGCUGCUGCGCUGGAAGGAGGCCGAGCUGCGGCAGCUGCAGCAGCUGCUGCACCGCGAGCGUGACGGCGUCUUGCGCCAAGCCCGGGAGCUGCAGCGCCAGCUGGCAGAAGAGUUAGUGAGCCGCGGCUAUUGCCGCGCGGGGGCGCCCGAAGUCGCCGCAGCUCAGUGCCACUGUCGCUUGCAGGAGGUGCUGGCCCAACUCCGCUGGGAGACCGACGGCGAGCAGGCCUCGCGCAUCCGCCACCUGCAGGCGGCGCUGGACGUGGAGCGCCAGCUUUUCCUCAAAUAUAUCCUGGAGCACUUCCGUUGGCCCCCGGCUUUGCCGAGUCCCCCCCAAUCUCCAGCAGUGUGUUCUUCUGAACAGCCGCACCCCGAGACGGCCAGCGACUGUUGUGGUCUCCCGAAGUCCGCCUGUCAACUGGAAUCCCUCGACAGCCCGAGCGGGGGCGUCCGGAUGCGCUCCCGAUCCCUAGAUGUGGUGCCCGCCGAGUGCUGCAACUCCCCUGACAGCCUGCUGCUCACGCGUGCCAGCUCCCUUGACUCCUUGGCACCAGCGCGUUCCUGCUCACUCCACAGUACCCUGAGUCAUGCCAAGAGCCCUGAAUUCAAGGAGCCGGCCUCUUCUUCGAGAGAGGCCUCCCUGCUGAGUUCCCCAAGCCCUCCACCGCCGUCGCAGUCACCAUCUUCGUCGGAGCGCAGGAGACCUAGCGACCGGCGAGAAGACUCCAGCAACCAGCCCUGCGAGACCCUGAUCCCCUCGCCCGCGGGACUGGACUACCACGAGCUGGCAAAGCAGAACUCAGAACUGUCCGAAGUGUUGCAAGUUCUGGCGCGCCGCUGCGCUGGCCUGCAGAAAGAGAACAGGCAGCUGAGGCGCGCAGGCUUCUGCGAAGAGACAGAGGAGAAGGUAAAGCGGCUCAAGGGGAAGCCCGCAGAGCUGACGGGUCUGGCACGGCGCCUAGAAGACCGGGCCCGCAAGCUCCAAGAAACCAACCUGCGGGCUGUGAGCGCGCCUGUGCUAGGCGAGAGCCGCGCGAACCUGGAGCUGCGCCAGAUCUUCGCACGCCAGCGUGCCCGAGACUUGUCAGAGCAGGCCAGUGCGCUGCUGGCCAAGGACAAGCAAAUAGAAGAGCUUCGGCAGGAGUGCCACUUACUGCAGGUGAGCAUCGCUUCGGGCCUCGACAGCCCGCACCCUGGAGGUGCUGCCACCCCUGUCCAAAGGCUCAAAGUCAAUGACUUGGAGCGGCUGCAGCGCAAGUCCCAGUGGGAAGUGCUGCGCCUGCAAAAACAGCUAACGCUGCAGCAGGGUAGAGGAAGCUCCCGGGCAGAGGCGGGCUGCCAGAGCGCACCCUGUGAGAAGACGCAGCGCCAGGUGCAAGAGCUGGAGCUAGAGUUGGUCGCGCGGCUGCGUGAGUGUGAGGAGCUGGGCGCCAAGGCAGUGGCAGCACGGAGGUGCUGUGAGGAGGCUGAGACGCAGCUGCAGGCAGCCCUACAGUCGGGCGCCUGGCAGGCGGAGGAGAACGCUCGGCUGCAGGCUCAGGUCGACUGGAUGCGGAAAGUAGCAGCUGAAAACAACGACCUGCGUGGGCAGCUGGACCGCACGUGCCAGGAGCGCGACUCAGCCGGCUUGCUGACUGAGCAACUGCUGCAGCAGGCAGCUCUUGGGCAAGAUAGGCAACAACAGCUGCAGCACGACCUGCAGAAGGCCCUGAAUGAACUACAAGCUGCCCAGGAGGAGAUACAGGCCCUGAAGCGGCAGCCCUGUCACUCUGCCAGUGACACCAGGGAGGUUGCCCAAGCCCUCAUGUCCCAAGGCCUGGAAAGCCAAUUGACCAACUUUCUGUCAGGGCCUGAAGACCAAGUACCAUCACAGCCUAGCAGAGACAAACAAGAGAAAGGGCAAGCCUCCCUGCCAGAACAGCCACUUGCCCUUGUAGAGUCAGCCAGUGGUUCCCAAAUACCCAACAGAGUCCCAGUAAGCCAACCUCUGGACUCUGGACCCCAGAGUAAGAAAACCAACUCCCAGUCAAACUCUUCUUCCGAGGUGGAAUCCAUGUGGGCCACGGUUCCAUCGUACCCUACUCUGGACAUGGACACAGCUAGUGAAGUGGAUGAUUUAGAACCUGACAGUGUAGCCUCAGCCCUGGAAGGGAGGGACUCAGAGGCCCCUGGCACCCCCAUACGUAAGAUCUUCCUGGCUCGCUACAGCUACAACCCGUUUGAGGGACCCAACAAGCACCCUGAGAAUGAACUGCCUCUCAUGGCUGGACACUAUGUAUAUAUCUUUGGGGACAUGGAUGAGGAUGGCUUCUAUGAAGGAGAGCUUGAGGAUGGCCGGCGGGGGCUGGUGCCCUCCAACCUGAUAGAGCAGAUUCCUGAGAGUGAUGUCCUGGGAGACCUGCCCCCAAAAGCCUCUGAACUUAGCCUCACUCAUCUCUCAGUUGGGCAGGGCAUAGCUUCAAAGGAAGACACUGGUCAUAGCUUAUUACCUGGGAAAGCCCAGGGAGCUGUGGAUAGGGGACAGUGCCAGAUGGUAGAGGCAGUUUCCAAGACAGAAGUGACAGUAGAAAGAUCAGAUGCCAAGUCUGAAGCUGACCAACCAGGCUUGGUGCAGAGUGUGGAGGAGCAGGGCUUUUCUGGGCCCAUGCUGGGGGCCCAAGGAGUCUUUUGUGUAGUCCCCAAGCAACUACACCUACAAAGUGUUGCUAGCACAUCAGCUGAGAUCACCUGGGUAUAUGGCAGCAGCAGCUACCCCCAUGUGGUAUUCCUUAAUGAUCAGGAGCAUGCUUUGGUCCCAGCAGGAGUGAGUUGCUAUACUUUCCACUGCUUACGUCCUAGCACACAGUAUCAGGUGCGAGUGGAGGUGCAGCUGCCGUGGGACUUGUUGCAGGUGCACUGGGAAAUGAUGUCCUCUACUAUCACCUUUACCACACCCAUGGCAGGACCUCCUGACCCACCUCUGGAUGUUCUAGUGGAGCGCCAUGCCUCAACAGGCCUCCUGGUGGUCAGUUGGCUCCCUGUGACCAUUGAUUCUGCUGGCUCUUCCAAUGGAGUCCAGGUCACUGGUUAUGCUGUGUAUGCUGAUGGUCUCAAGGUUGCAGAGGUCUCUGAUGCCACUGCCGGGAGCACCAUGUUGGAGUUUUCCCAGCUCCAGAGGCCACUGUUGUGCCAGAAGAUUUCGGUGAGAACCAUGUCACUUUGUGGCGAGUCCCUGGAUUCGGUUCCAGCUCAGAUCCCUCAGGACUGUGCGACCUGUCACCAAUGGCCAGGCACCUGUCCUUUUAGUUACACCUGUGGUGAUGUAUCCACUUGCACAGUCACCUUCUCUGUCUGUCCUCAGAGGUUGGUGAUGGCUCCCCUGAAUGCCAAGGUUAGCCUACAUACCCCUAGAAGCUGUGGGGAACCCCAAGCUGAAUUCCCAGAAGCAUCCCCUGAAGAACUCCCAGGGAGGUGGUCUCUGGUACCCAACCUGAAUUCAGAAGAAGAUUGUCUAGGUGUAGAGUCUGGCAGUCAAGUCCAGGGGCCCACAGAGGCCUGGAAGAUGUCCAGAAAGGACCUGCUUUUUCAGAAGAAUUGCCAAAGUCAUAGGCCACCACAUUCCAGUGGCCAGUCUGGCGGGGAAGAAAACCAGUACUGGCACAUAGACACAAGCAAAAGUCAUGCUCUGGGAAUGAUUCAUCCAUCCCCUGAUGGUGGGUCCAGGAAAGAACCAUGUCAGGAAAAGGCUUCCCUUGAGAAGAACCUUAGGCAAAAGCAAAAUGCUCCAGUGUUCCUUUCCCCUCAGCUGGGUACCAGCCAACACUACAAAUCUGACUUUAAUGAUAUAUUACAGGAGGAGACGGUACACUUUAGUCCCUGGUGCACAGAAAGGCAAGAGCAGAGAAAGGUGCUUAGAACCCAGAUGCUAGAGUUCAAGAGAAAGGGCCAGCUCCGUGAGCACAGCUUGGCGCUGUGUCCAGCUCCACCCAGCAACGUCAUUAAGAUGUGCAGGCAUGUCUCCCCACUAGAGAUGGAGGCAGAGAGUCUGGCUACAGCAUUUGUGGCUCUCUUUGAUUAUGACCCCCUGAUGAUGUCUCCCAGCCAUGAGGCUGCAGAGGAUGAGCUGACCUUCCACAAAGGGCAGUUGCCGAGAGUGUGGGGCUCUCGGGAUGCCCGAGGUUCCUACCAUGGUGAAUGUAAUGGGCAAGUGGGCAACACCCCUGGGCACCUGGUGACCAAAUUGGAGAUGGGCAUGGAGCAGACUGAUGGGAGGUGGCAUUUACCAGCACAAGGACUCCUAUCUUCUGUGACCCACCUUGAUGACUUUGCAGGGCUCACCAAUCCCCAGGACUCCUCCCCCAUGUCCCAAGGGAAACCCAGGAGGACCCCACUAUGGACUCCAAAGACUAUGAUUGCAACCUUGGACUAUGACCCUAAGGAUGCGCAAAUAGGGGGCCGGGAUACGUGCAAGUUGUCACUGAAGAUGGGGGAUGUGGUCACAGUCUAUGGGCCUGUGGAUGACAAAGGAUUCUAUUAUGGGGAGUCAGAUGGCCACAGGGGCCUGGUCCCAGCCCACCUGUUGGAUCACAUGGCCCUCCAUGGAGAGUGA